UCUUCUUCCCCGUCUUCCUUUCCCUCUCUUUACUCCUCUUCUUCUUCUUCUUCUCCAUCAUUCUUCCUCAUCUCAUAAAACUAAAAUUAGAAACCAUGGAAAGCAUAAACACCGUGUGUUGCAUGUGCGGCGACGUCGGUUUCCAAGACAAGCUCUUCCAGUGCAUGCGUUGCCACUACCGCUCUCAACAUUCGUACUGCAGUAACUACUACGACGACAUCCAAUCCGCCACCUCCAGCAUCUGUGACUGGUGUCUCAGUGAGCAACGCAACGCAUGUGCAACUAAUACUAGUAAGACUACUACCACUACUCAUUUAAUGAUCUCCAAGAAACAGCAUGCUCAACAUGAUCACAAAGACGUAGGCCGGUCUGAAUACUCAAGCAUGGACAAGAUCAAACAAACCAGUGACCGUGAAGAGGUUGCUAACCGGCAGGGGAAGAGCACAACCACCGGAGCAUCCUCCUCUAAGCCAUCUGGUCGCAGGUACAAGCUCCUCAAAGAUGUUCUCUGCUAAGCAAUAACCUGCCCUACUGUUAAGGCAUGUGCAUAUUAGUUCUUUUCUCCCAAACUAAGCUUUUCAUGUACUAUCUCUAUAUUCCAAGUUUCACCACUCUAUAUGUGACAUAUAAACAAUUAUAUAUAUAUAUAUAUAUAUAUAUUUGUGUGUUUUGUUAA